AGUUUACUUUAAAUGUUAAUGAAACUUUAAUAUUUAUGUUAAUUUUAUCUAAAAAAUUGAAACUCCCAAAUAUUAAUUAUAAUUGUAUUUAGUUAAAUAUUAAUAUAUUAAUUAUUAAAUGUGUUUUUGUGAUUAUUUAUUUUGGUUAUUUGUAUUUCAUUUAAUAGUAAAAAUUAAAACUAUAUCAUUAAUUAUCUAAAUGUUUUUUUUAAUUAUUGCUAAUCAUGGGUACGUUGAAAUUGAAACGCACUUUAAUAUGCGGGUCUUCUGAAUACUCUAAAUCAUUACUAUUUGAAAGUGCUGUACAUUGGUCAGAAUUAGGCCAUAAAGUUGUAUUUAUUCAAGUAAACCAAAUGACUGCAUUGCCAAUUCCUAUUGAUGGAGCUAAACCACCUAGUGUGCAGGCACUAAAUCGUAUAACUUUUUUAACGUUAUCAAGUUGGCAGGAUCUUGUUCAGUACACCUCUUCUAUUCACGAAACUAGUCCUAUUGUACCUCAUGUGAUAUUAGUAUCUGAUCUACAUAAUUACUACUCAAAUGAAGAUUUAAAUCAAUCACUAUUAGCUCAUAUGUUAUGUGCUUGUCUAUGUGAUGUUAUGGAAUAUUGUAGUAGAGUAAAUAAUUCUGAAACAUUUUUAGUUGUAACUACUAAAGAUACAGAAUUAGAAACAAAAAAAUUAUCUACUAUAUAUUUUCCAUUAAACACCUGGACAAGUGUUGUAAAACAAGAAGAGUUAGAAUUAACAAAAACAUUACUUAAUUUUCAAAAUACCAACAUAAAAAUUAAGUUUCUUCUUUUUAAUAAUAAAAUCAGGUGUGAUUCUAUUGAAAAGCUUUAUGUUUGAUUUAAAAUGAAGCAAUCAGUUUAAUAUUAUCAUUCACUAAUAUUUGAUAAUUAUAAUUAAAAUGUAUUUUAUUAUAAAUUGCGUGUAAUUAAAAACAGUUUAUGAAAUUAUUAU